CCAUCUUGUUACAGCAGAAUGCCACAAUCCCCUUCAACCUCUUCCAGGCAAUCCCGGCCGUCGCCCUUCCCUUACGUCGGGUCGAGCUUGCGGCCUAACAAUCAUCCAGCCCUCAGGUCCAAGUCGACCAGUCCUACCGGUGUCGACUCGACACUGCCUGACAGUGCCAACUCGUACCGCCAGACCUUCCAACAUGAGGACUACCAAAACUUUGGUUUCCCCAUGCCGUCGGCAAGCGCACCGACGAUGAACUUUGACCCCCAAACCGGGCACGCCUUUCCUCAAUUGAUGCCAGCACACGCUAGCACGUAUCCCACGCCGGAAAAUCUCGGACAACCUUUCUCCUAUACAGAACCGUCGACCACCUUGACAUCCCCAAUAAUCUCGGGGCCGUCGUCCUUCACCUCUAACUCGCCAGACCGCGCGUUUCAAGAUCGAUACGACGACUCGCCUGAACGGGAUGUGGACGAGGACGACGAGGCGCCUCCAGAUACACGGGAGACCACGCCUCCUGUGGCCGCCCCGGAAAAGACUAGGCGACCGCCCAACGCCUGGAUUCUAUAUCGGUCCGAUCGGAUCAGAGAGUACAACAAGAUCGGCUCGCUCGCCAGCUUUGCGGCUUCUCGUCCGACCGGUUCUACCGAGGAUACGAUCAAAGCCAAAAAGGGCAAAAAGGGCGAAAAAUCACCAGUCAAGCCUUCUAAAGGCCCUCCUCAGGCGGAGAUCAGUAGAAUAAUCGCAGAGCAGUGGAAAAAGGAGCCGAAAGACGUCAAGGCCAAGUAUGAUCGCUUAGCAGAGAUCAAGAAGAUGGAGCAUCAACGUGAUUUCCCGAACUACAAGUACCAGCCCAUGAAGAAGGAGGACAAGAUCAAACUCAAGGAGAAGAAAGACAGGGAGAAGGCACUGGCGCGCAAGGAAAAGGCCCUGGACAAGGCGAUGAGACCGAGGAAGCCUCGAGUGAGACCUCCUCGACAAUCCGCACCUACUAUCCAGACCUUGGCCAAAGAAGAGCAGUGCGACCUCCAAGAAGGUUCAUCAACCCAGCGUCAUUUGGUUACCCCGCGUUCGCCCAAGAAGAGCGCUAGGAAGCCUCGCAAGACGCCUGCGUCUGCUUCUCGUGCGGGCAAGGCCAGAGAUGAUGGCGGCGAGUCAAACAAGGAGUUCAUGGACGGGCACCAGGUCUUUUGGGGAAUCAUCCCAGAACUCCCCAACUCGUAUGUCGCGCCACCACCUUCGGGAGGUCCAAUUGAGCCCGAAUCGCGCUUGCACGAUAUGCCCGACGCGUCCGGGCUUUCUACAGCCCAAUUGUCCGAAUUUGGAUCGGCUCCGACUCCUCAGGGGUUCUGGCAGUCGCAGUCGUUUCCCUCAGUACCGCCUGCGGAAGCUGGACUGGCGAUCGAUUCGCAAUCCAUCGUUCCCUACAUCUUCGAGCCGGCUCCUUUCCCCGAUAUCUCGGCCGGUCCCACCUACCAGUCUCUCAACUCAUCGCGUUCGGACUACUUCCCCGGUCAAUAUGGACAGCCGGGCCCGAGUUCCUUGCAGCAGGAGCCAUUACCCCCCGUCGAGAUCCCCGGAGUCACGGAGAAUGAAUUGGCGGAGAUGUGGGGACUUCUCGAGGAAGACAACGUCGAGAACACUGAUGGACGGCAGACGGUCAACUGGGCGUCAGAUCCAACCGAUUUGGUAAACCAAUGGGCAGAUCUAAGUGUACCCAUCGAGGAUUCGACGACGUACAUCUCGCCGCGAAACUUUUCUGGGUCCGUCGCCAGUCAAAUCGCGUCGGAAUGGCACAACAAUCCGUACCACUCACUACAGCCCGAGAUGCACCAUCAGCAUUCCGAUGCAGCUUAUCAACAACCUGGAGGAUAUUACCAGCAGCCGAACCAGUAUCCUUCCUCGCGUCCGGGGUACAUUACUAUCGAGGUGCCCGUCUCUUCCUUGCAGCAACAACAACAACAGCCUCAUAUGAACAGGCCACCGGCCUACUCGUCGGUGCAUCAGGGUCCGCCCCUUGCCCAGGCUACGCCGCUGAGCCCUGUGAAUGGUGGCUUCCCGAAUUCAGGGAACUGGUCAGGUCGAAGUUUCGACUAUAGCACCCCAUUCUCUGCUGCCGGACUUCCCCUUGAUAACCGGAACGAUAAUUACCAGCCCAGCAUCAGGACCCCUAAUUACAUGCAGUCGAUCGACGGGACUUUCGAAUCGAUGCAGAGUCGUCGGGUGUCCGAGGCUGGCGGGCUGGACGAUGGCGGUUGGAUCUCGCCAACGGAAAGGUUGCCCUCCUUCGGUGACUUUCGGUUACCGAGCAGCACGUUUGUGUCGUUUCCGGAACAGGAGUUUGAAUUCUCUCCGGAAAACUUCGUCGAGCCGAUACACCAAAAGGUCCCGAUGAAGAAAGGUCGAGUCGUCGCCGGACAACAUGCACCACCCCCUCAACGGGUUGCGUCUUAGAUCGACAUCGUCGCGUCGCAUAAACCCUCUCCCCCCUCGUUCCCCGAAUCAUACAUUCCGACAGUUGUACAAGGUAACCGACGGCGUGCUCUACUCUCGAGCCUAUAUCUCUUAGACCAAGCAUAAUAUCCAGCGUUGUAUACGAUAAGAAUUAUGCCAUGACCUCCUAUGCCUGAAA